GGACGAGUUCGAUAAUGAUGCCCUACUAAUCUAUUUAUAAUUGGGUUUUGACAAACUUUGGGGAGCAGUAUAAUUUUCAUGUGAUGUGGUAUUUAAUGCUGGUGAUUAGGCAACGUCGCUGGAAAGAAUAACUAAUGUCAAUUGUCAAGUUUAAUGACACUUCACUUCAGUUUAUUCAAAAUGGCAGUGUAAAGUAUAUGAAUUAUUGUGACUAGCGAAGAGAAUUUGUUGAAAAUGGCUUAUAUCGAGAUGAUCAGUACUUUUGAAUCGAUUAUCAGCACUAAAAAAAGUAUCGCAGCGAAUUUGAAGACAUUUGUUAACCUGCAUUUGGAAAAUCGUCGAAGAUACCAGUGUUUGUGUAGAGCCAAGCUUCAUUGGCAUAUGAACUGUAGAAAUCAGUGUAGAAGAAAAAUCACGUUCCCAAAACUCUCCAAACAUUUUUUGGUUUGUGAUUAGAUGAUAAGUACCACUAAGAUGUGGAACUGCGUUCCGUUUGCCCAUACGCUUCCCUUCACGAUGGGUCCAAACAAACCCCAGAAACGUGACUUUGGCUUCAAUCUCCCAAGCACCCUACAGAUUGCACCUGGAAAGCAAUUCACUAACCCCAAUUUUGUGAACAAGCACUACCCCAAUGUGCAUAACCACCAUUAUAACAACCACCAUGCGACACCAAAGAUUCACAUUGACAAUGAGGACAAAAUCACAAACCCUUCUACAGUGGAUUCAUCAAAUUCUAUGUUGAUUGAUAAAUCUACAGAUGUUGUGGAUCAUACAGCAUAUCAUGAAAUUAAGCAGGAUAUGUACAAAAAAUCUAAACGAUCUAGGAGAAAUCGCAAACGAAAAUCGAGUCAAAAAAAGAUGGAUAGUAACAGAUCUGAUAUGGAUAUCAAUUUGAAUGGUACCUCAGAAAGCUAUAUGGAGGUCGAUGAUUCAAGGGAGAGUUCUGAUAACAUCAAAACAGACACAAACCCUGAGAAAAUUAGUGACAUUUCAAGCUAUGGAACCCCAUCCACAGGGGUUUUAUCAGCUUCAAUCCUCAGCUGUUCUCCACCUUUUAGACCUAUUAUGAGGGAAAGACAAAUCUCUGUAGCUGAUUCUGAAGAUAGCUUUAUUGUAUUUCAAAGUGGUACAGAUGAAGAGCUUGUCUUUUCAGAAUCAGAAGAUGAUUCUGAUAACCAGUAUGAAGAAAAUUAUGAGUCAACUGUUGGAGAAGAUCUGAAUUCGUCAACUGAUAUACCAUGUAAAAAGAUGAGCUUGUUCUCUAACAUUGCAUCAGGGUUUCUCAUUCAUAACAAGAUUGGUAGUUAAAAUUCAAAAGGCUAGAAUAUUUUUUUAUUUUGAAGCAAUCGCUUAUUAUAUUUUUAUCCUAAAAGCAACACAAUUUAUAGAUAACAGUUUAAUACCUUACUUCCUGGUAGUUGCUUUGCAUAUAUAGAUAAUAAGAUUCUGAUAGCCCUUAUAUCAUUCAAAUACAAAUAGGUUUUUAAAACAAUAUGUGCAGUGUGAAAUGCUUAGGCAUUGUUACAUAUAUUUUAGCUGAAUGAAUAUCUGUAAUUUCUUACAAUACCAUAAGUUUAGAGAGAAAACAUUCUAAUAUGAGAUAAAAAGACCAAGGUGAGGUUUGCUGAUGACAAUCAUCUAUGUGAGGUACAUAGAAUGGUGCAAUGGUCUUAUGCUUAUCAACAAGCUAGAAAAGGACCCUGGGAAGAAUAUGGCCGUGAUAGAGAUAGGUUUAGAAGAAAAAUAAAUGAUCUAGAGAGUGUGCUUUCACCUAUAUUUGACUCAAAACACAGAGAAACUGUAUAUAAAGGGAGGUUUAAGGAUGCAGUUUUUUGCUAGUGAGCAUCAUGUUACACUACUCAACAAUUGAACUAUACAUAUAUUCCAACUCUUUGGAACAAGUAGACAUUGUCAACAUAUCUGCUAAUUUUUAUACCCAUACAUCCAACAAAAAAAAUGUAUAGAUAAAUUUGAUUUGUAGUUGAGUGGUGUAAGUUGAAAGGCAUUUAAUGUAAGUGAUUUAUUUUGAAGGAAGCUGCAUUUAUCUAAAAUUCCUUAUACCUCAAUGACUUCGAAAGUAUGAAAAUUCAAUUCCACCAAAUUGUUUCAGUCAUACAUAUUGACUUGUUGGGAAUGCUUUCAUCACAAAUAUAUGAAUACAAAUGCAUAUACAGCUUUGAUUUGAUUUUAAGAAAUUUUUUUUUCUUGCCCUCUGCUAAUCCAAAACAGGAUUUUGCAAUAUAUUUCUAUAAUAUACAUAGAUAUAAAUAAUGUGUAUUUGUGAUGAAUCUGUAAAUAUGUAUAUCAUGUAAAGUGUACAUACCACCUUAUUAGGCAAAUUAUUUAUUUUUUAUUGUAAAAUUACUUCAUGGGAGUUACUACAUUUAUAAUUUGACUGAGCUGAAGCUAUGAUAAAUCUGUAAAAUUAUGUUUGAUGGUUUUGGAACAAAAUAAAAUCACAUUAGAAAUUUAAUUGUUUCAGUGAGAUGUUUUAUUUGAUCUUAUUGAACUUUCUUAUAGCAUUGUUAUAUAGAGGUAUGUACAGUUUGUGCAUGGAUUCUGACCAUUGCAGACCAGUUGAUGCAUACCUUAGUAGGAAGAAACAUGAAUUUUAUCUGUUGUCUACUGACUUUCAUGAAGUAGUUACUUCACACAAGAACAGUUUUAUAGCUGAAGUGUGGUAUUCUUGGUGCUGAUUUUUUUUUUUUUGGUGUUGGUACGGGAAAUAUCUAAUUACAAAAUCUAUCUGUGAUGUAUUUGAAUUAUUUUUAUUUCACAGCAUGUGAAAUAAUUAUAAAUCAAGACAUACCAAACGAAGGCUCCAAGAUGAAUAAAGUUGUCGUAUUGUUAAAUGCUUGGACCAUAUGAGCUUUUGUUCUUUGACCAUUAAAAUCUGCAGAAAAGAUUUUGCUCCCCUCAGCUUAUGCUUAUGCACCAUAUAUAACCAGAAAUUUGUAUUAAAUUAGAAAUUGUUUGAAUCAAUGUCACUUUUGAUUAUGUGAAGUGCUGUGAAGUAGUUUUUAUAUAGGUAUCUUAAUUUUGGUUUCUCUAUUUAUAGUAAUUUCACAGUAUAAAUGAAUGGCAGACAAUUUUAGGGAUUACGUUAAUGAGGACUAUAUUUUUAAAAUAUCCAAAAAUCUCUGUGUUUUGAAUGUCAGCUUGCCUUUACCAUUUGGAGUGAACAUUUACUUACAUAUUAUAUUAUUAUAACUAGAAUUUUGUGUAUGAACUUUAUACAAGCCUUUAAUUCAAUCAGAUUGCUUAACUACUCUGCAAGUGCAUCAAGAGCAAAAACCUGAAAAUCGAAUCUGAGUUAACAUGCAGCAUUAAAAAGGCAUCUUGGAAGCAAUCAUGGUUGGACAUCUUGUGGUCAAAUACAUCUCAGACUCAGUUUUUAUGUAGAAUUGAGGAAUUUUGCAUUGUUAAUAUCUGCAAGAGCACAACUAUUAUUAUCAGUCAUUUGUUAUCAAAGGCGGUUAAGACCAUUGUCUUCAUGUCCUCAUAUCACUUCAAGUUUUCUCAGUCUUGGAAUAUUUAUUAUUAAUGAUCAUUGUUUCUUAAUUUGGAUAAGAGCUAUAGCUUAAUCAUGUAGUAUUAUGCUUGACACUCAUGUGUAUUUUGGAAUUGACAUUUAUGUGAAGUUCUUUGGAUAUUCCGUAACAUUAAUGAUUUCUUGUUCUAUAAAAGAGGCUUGAAUUGACUCAAAUUCUUAUAUCACAUGUAAACAUUGGAUUCAUCUUUUGAAUGAUUCAUAAGUAGGAAAUUGUAAUAAUUGAAAUUGUACAUACAAAAAUGAUACUUUUGUAAAUCCUUGCAAAACGUCAAUAUAUUGUUUAGAUUAAGAAGAG